AACGACCUUGUAACCCCCUUCUUCGUAGUCUUUGUGUCAGAGUUUGUGCCACAAGAUGUGGAGGUCGGAUCAUUUGAUGUUUCACAACUCUCUCGGGAGCAGUGUGAAUUAGUAGAAGCAGAUUCGUUCUGGUGUGUAUCUGCUUUACUUGAUUCUAUCCACGACAACUACACGUUUGCUCAGCCGGGAAUCCAGAGGAAAGUGUUGCAGUUAAGACAUCUGAUGAGCAGAGUCGAUCGGCCUCUACAUAUGCAUCUAGAGUCUAACGGUAUCGAAUACCUGCAAUUUUCUUUUCGAUGGAUGAACAAUCUUCUCAUGAGGGAAAUUCCUUUGCGUGCGACAAUCCGUCUUUGGGAUACUUACUUGAGUGAGCCUAAUGGCUUUUCACAAUUCCAUAGCUACGUCUGUGCUGCAUUCCUUCGCACGUGGUCAAGACAACUGCAGGCAGAAAGAGAUUUUCAAGUAAGCUUAAGUCCUUAUUCUGAGAAAUCGGAACUCAUUAUUUACUCUUCAAUUAUUUUCAUCAACGAUUUGUUAUUGGGUAUAAUGAUCUUACUGCAAAAUUUGCCAACUCAGUGCUGGGGAGAUCGAGAAAUUUGCGAACUGACAGCCGAUGCCUUUUCUCUGAUGUCGGUAUUUGAUGGAGCAAGACGCCAUCUUUCCAGUACUACGGAUAUAUAG